AUAGUUACAAAACCUGGACUUAUUUGAAGGACGAGAAAAGCGAAAUGAAUGAAGUCAAGCUUGCUGUAUUGGGUGGCAAAGGUACAGGGAAGUCUGCACUUACAGUAAGGUUUCUUACCAAGCGAUUCAUUGGAGAAUAUGCUUCUAAUUUUGAAUCUAUCUAUAAUAAGCAUUUAUGCUUGGAAGGGAAACAACUAAAUCUGGAAAUCUAUGACCCAUGUUCUCAAUCACAGAAAGUGAAAGUUUCCCUCACAAGUGAGCUUCAUUGGGCAGAUGGGUUUGUUAUUGUGUAUGACAUCAGUGACAGGUCUUCGUUUGCUUUUGCAAAAGCCCUGAUACACAGAAUUCGGGAGCCACAAACCAGUCAUUGGAAAAGAGCCCUGGAAGCAGCAGUGCUUUUGGUUGGCAACAAGCAAGACCUCUGUCACGUGCGUGAGGUUGGCUGGGAAGAAGGGCAGAGGCUGGCCCAGGAUAAGCGGUGCCAGUUCUGUGAACUGUCCGCUGCAGAUCAGUGUCUGGAGGUAGAAAUAAUGUUUAUCAGACUUAUCAAGGACAUCCUGACAAACUUGAAACUCAAAGAAAAGAGAAGACCCAGUGGAUCUAAAUCAAUGGCCAAACUGAUUAAUAAUGUAUUUGGAAAGAGAAGGAAAUCUGUUUAGUAGACAUGUAAUCCAAGGCAUUUAUUUUAUCACAGAGUUUCAAACAUGCACAUGAUAAUUACAUUUAGCCUUGGUAUGCAAUUUGAAAAAUUCUCUUGGAGAUAUGAAAUGAUAGAGCAUGAACCACAGCUGCAUUUUCAAAUACAUUUUUGUCCUUUAUGUUGAUUUUAUCUGGUUCACUCUGUUUCACAUACAGUCUUUCACUUAUUGUACAAAAUAGCACUCACUGAAAUCUCCUGGUAGAUUGCUAUCCAGUGUACCAAGUAAACUCUGCUUAUAUAAGUUUAUUAAACUACCAUUCCAAAAUUUA